UCAUUUCCUGCCGUUUAAAAAACUCUUCACUGUAGCGCUGCUGCAUCUUCCGCUGUGUCGCAGCGCGUUUAUUAACUGGAAUUGUGCUUUGAAGUUGAAAGCUAAUCGAUUGAAGAUGAAUGUGAUCGAACAUGUGCGGGAAAUGGCAGCGGCCGGGCUGCACUCUAAUGUCCGGAUCAUCAGUAGUUUACUCCUGACCAUGAGCACCAACAACCCGGAGCUUUUGUCACCGUCUCAGAAGUACCAGCUGCUGGUGUAUCACGCUGAUGCUGUUUUCCAUGAUAAAGAGUACAGGAACGCAGCCUGUAAGUACAACAUGGCUUUACAGCAGAAGAAAGUGAUCAGCAAAACAUCUAAAGUGCGUCCAUCCAGCACAGGCGGCACAGCAUCUGCAGUGCAGGCACAGAACUUGCCGUCAGAGAUUGAAGUGAAAUAUAAAAUUGCAGAGUGUUACACUAUUCUGAAGCUGGAUAAAGAUGCCAUAGCAGUGCUGGAGGGGAUCCCUUCACGCCAGAGAACGCCAAAGAUCAACAUGAUGCUGGCGAAUCUUUACAGAAAGGCAGGUCAGGAGCGUUCAGCUGUAACCAGCUAUAAGGAAGUGUUGAGACAGUGUCCUCUGGCUCUUGAUGCUAUUAUUGGGCUUCUGUCUCUGUCGGUGAAGGGGGCAGAGGUCGCUUCCAUGACGAUGGACGUGAUUCAGAGCAUCCCGAAUCUUGAUUGGCUGUCUGUCUGGAUUAAAGCACAUGCUUUCAUACAUGGAGGAGACAAUCAGAGAGCCAUCAACACUAUCUGCUCUUUGGAGAAGAAGUCACUCUUGAGGGAUAACGUUGAUCUUUUAGUCACUCUGGCGGAUGUGUACUUCAGGGCUGGAGACACCAAGAACUCCAUCUUGAAGUUUGAGCAGGCACAGAUGCUUGACCCCUACCUGAUCAAAGGUAUGGAUGUAUACGGCUAUCUGAUGGCCAGGGAGGGUCAUCUGGAAGAUGUGGAGGUUCUCGGAGGACGGCUGUUCAACAUAUCCGACCAGCAUGCUGAGCCCUGGGUCAUAUCUGGAUGUCACAGUUUCUACAGUAAGCGGUACUCUCGCGCGCUGUAUCUGGGAGCUAAAGCCAUCCAGCUGAACAGCAACAGUGUGCAGGCGCUGCUCCUGAAGGGGGUGGCGCUGAGGAACAUGGGCCGAGUGCAGGAAGCCAUCAUACACUUCAGAGAAGCCAUGAGACUGGCACCCUGUCGUCUGGACUGCUACGAAGGUCUGAUUGACUGCUAUCUUGCCUCUAAUGGUAUCCGGGAGGCUAUGGGAAUGGCCAACAAUAUUUACAAGACCCUGGGAGCGAAUGCCCAAACUCUCACCAUCCUGGCCACAGUGUGUCUGGAAGAUCCCAUGACCCAGGAGAAGGCCAAGACUCUGCUGGACAAAGCCCUCGCUCAGAGGCCUGACUAUAUCAAAGCCGUCGUGAAGAAAGCAGAGCUCCUCAGUCGAGAACAGAAGUAUGAGGAAGGAAUAGCACUUCUACGGAACACAUUAGCCAAUCAGAGCGACUGCGUGCUGCACAGGAUGCUGGGGGAUUUUCUUGUAGCUGUUAAUGACUAUCAGGAGGCCAUGGACCAGUACAGUAUAGCGCUAAGCCUCGAUCCGAAUGACCAGAAGUCUCUGGAGGGCAUGCAGAAGAUGGAGAAGGAGGAGAGUCCCACAGACGCCACGGUGGAGCUGGACGGGGACGAUAUGGAGGGCAGCGGGGAGGAGGGAGAUCUGGAGGGCAGUGACAGCGAGGCGGUGCAGUGGGCCGAUCAGGAGCAGUGGUUCGGCAUGCAGUGACCUGCAGCACUCGCUAAGAGACUCUUGAGCUUCAGCACUAAUUACACAAAUGAUGCACUCUUAAUGUAUUUUCUAACAGUAGUUAAACAUCGUGGGUUUCAAGUUUGCUGUUUUGGGCCAAAUACAGGACUAGGCAACUCUACUUUUUUUUUUUUCAUUAAGGUGUCAAACCUGUAAUUUAUUUGGCAUGCUCUGAGCUUUUUUUUUCCCAGUAAAAGUGAUGAUUGUUAAAGACGCAUCUUUUAAUGAACCACAAUCCCACAAAAUCUUUUUUUCUCUCUCUCUGAUCUUGUGUGUAAUAAACAUGUCAAAGUCAUAUUUCACACCAAAAUCAAAAAGAAAAUGCUUUGUGUUCCUGUUAGGAAUUUUUCACAUUAGCACGUUUCAGCCAUUUUCUUUACUGCAAUGUUAUUUUACAUUUAUUCAAAGUGGUGAUUUCCAUUGAGAUAAUGCAGUGCUACUUUUUUUUUUGCUUUAAUUGUAUUAUGCAAAAGGGUUUUGUUUUAUGUACUUUUUUUUAUUAUUUUGGUCUGAAUAUAACCCAGGCAUGUUCUUGACUAAGUUUUGUGACAUUUAACGGAGCAUGUAAGCGAUGCAGUCAUUAAUUUCUGUAGCCCUAAGUGCAUUUUUUUUUCCAGUGUUUGUCUUCUAUCAAUGUUUCUGUAUUGUUGUAAAUAAGACUAUUUUUAAAUGUUUUGGAAUUAAAAUCAUGGCAUGAAAAA